AGGAGUAGCAGGAUGAGGAGUUGCAGGAUGAGGAUUUGCAGAGUGAGGAGGUGCUGAACGAGCAGUUGCAUUAUUCUCAACGUAUUGCUUCUUUGGGUUCAAGCUCUGAAGUUUGCCACGCUCAUUUCCUGACGCUCUGUCGGCUUGUUUUGGGAAGGUUUGAUAGGAAUAUCUUAAGGUGUGGAAGGACGUGGAGGAGUCUCCUGAUGUGGUGCAGCUCCAGAUGUGGUGCAGUCUCCUGAUUGUGUGCUGCAGUCGAGACUGGUUUCUGUCUCUAUUGACCCCGGUGUUCUGAAUGAGGACGAGGAAACUGUGCAUCCAAUUCAUCGUGGCAGUAACGCUGACGUGGGAAGUUCGACGGAGGCAUCGCACGUUGCUUCGGAGGUUCCUGCUGGAGAUCAUGGGGCGAGUUCGUCAAGUGCAAUGCCUCCAGAGUGUUUCGAUGUGACUGUGCCCCCGAAAGCUGCGUUGAGGUAAGAUUCGAGAAGCAGGCGGAGAGCGAGGGCGUAGGCGGAGGAUAGAGGAGUGGUGGGUGGAGGCAGCGGCAGAGGAAGCAGAAGAAGCACGCGGAUGAUACGAGUGCUGCGGGAGUUUCGGGAGUGCCGGUUCUUGGUGUAUCCGCUUCCAGUGUGACUUCUCAGGAAGUUUCAGACACGCAGGUUUCAAACCCUAAAGAUUCAGAGGGCGCAGCUGGUCAGGCGUCUCAAAGGUCCCAGAAGAAGAGGUGGGCUGCUCGUGAACACAUUGCCAACGUAUGGUUGCUGCCAGGACGUUUGAGGAAAUUGAUGUCACGAAUCUGAGACUGUCGCUGUGGGGCAGAAGGAUGACGAGAUGCAGCAUGAGGAGUUGCUGAAUGAGCAGUCGCACUAUUCUCAUCAUAAAGAUUCUUUGGUUUCAAGCUCUGAAGUUUGCCACGCAUCAUCUUCUGACGGAGAGUCGGCUUGCCAUGGUAAGCAUUGGCAGGGGGACCUUAUGGAUGUGAAGGAUGAGGAGGAGGAGAAUUUUCAAGAUGCUUCGCUUGUGCGGGCUGUGAAUGACGAGGAGGAGGAUAAUGUUCAUAGUGGUCCUGUGGAUGACUCGAGUUCUUCAGUAACCAACAAGCUUGCCUCACGUAUGCGUAGCAAGAAAUGUCGAUUCAAAUUUAGAUUGCCCAAUUUCUUUCGCGAGUACAUCGCAAGCUUGGAAGAAGACGAGGACGAUGCGCUUUGGGUCUGGGAGUUCUGGCAGCAGGUGUGGGACCAAGAUGCCCUGGGACAGUGCCUCCAUGGUCUCGACUGCGUCAUUCGAUGGCCACGAUCGUCGUAUCUCCAAAUACAACAGGCGAACAAUCUUCGUCGAUAGCUCUGGGAGUUGCACGAUCUGGAAGUGUCGGGGGCUACGGAAGGCUGGCGUUAGUUCUGCAAGAGAGACUUAUCAUGCUGUGUUCUGCUAUCUUGUCCUGGGGAUGUUGUGAGACGGUGUCCACUGACGGUAUCUAGCUCUUCUAUUGAUGUACAUCUUAUACCUUCACCUGUUCCCCCCUUUCCGUCCUCCCCCCUGUCCCUCCCUCCCCCCUUGCUGAAAGCUCUAGUGUUCUGGUCGAUAACGUUUCGAUCCUAUCUGGGCAUGUCUGUGCUGCAGUUGCAUCUUUCUGUACUACAUGCUGAUCUCCUGCCUGUCUUUCUUCUUGUAGGCCUGUGUGUACAGCUGUGCAGUUGUAUUUGUGAUUCGCCCGAUAACUCCUUCAGGGAGUGGUCGAGAGCCUGCUUUUGUCGGGUUUCUCGCCCCAGAUGUGUGCCGUUGUCGCCUGGGCGGUGACCCGACCCUGCCAGCGCGACUCGCAAUGCGCAAAAACCAAGGUUGACGGUUUACCGCCGGCUCCCAGUAUGAGACAUGCAAUGCCCCCCGAAGGCCCAAGAGAAACCCAUCCAAGCGUCUGUCCCCGCGCGGGGGGGGGAUGACGAUGACAA